CGAAAGGCGCCAAAAUCAAAUGGGUCAAAUGUGCGGCUUGACUAAAAUUGAGCGAUGCUCGCGAAAUUGUAAGAGCCGGCAAAAGAUCGGCAAUCAACUCACCCGACAGCAAUCCAAGUCUUGUGGAGAUUAUAUUUAUGCUUUGAUACUUGUUGGCUGGUUUGUGAACGUCGCUGCCAUUCUCUGAGCAAGGAACAGAGGCGCCGCCCGUUGUUAGACUAGCUAGCUAGUAUUGUUGUGAAAGAGCUGAGCUCGUUGGUCGAUCCAUUGGUGAAAGAAACCAAGCGAAUUGAAUUAUCGAUAUCAUGGACCGCCAACUGUUGAACCGAGCCACGGAUGGUUCGGAUGCCCCUACUCCAGGAUAUCUGUACAUUGAUAUAGCCAAGAAUGCAGCCUCAUCGCCCAUGGCUUGUCAGGAAAUUGCCACCUUUUUGACGCGAAAGCUGGCCAACAAACAAAAUGCCAACAUCAAAUGGAAGUGUCUCAAAGUCAUUGCCAAGACGGCAGAGGCCGUCAGUAGAGGACAAUUCAAGCGUGCUGUGGCACAAGACCAAUCUGCUGUGGCUGCCAUUCGUCUAGCCACCAAUUUUAGAGGUCCUCCCGAUCCAGUGCGAGGAGAUGAACCCUACAACCGUGUUCGUCUCGCGGCAAAGGAGUGUCUCGACAUGAUUUAUUCAGAGACGCCCACACAAGCCGAUCAGAGUCCCUACAAUUCGGGAGGAGGAGGCAUGUCCAACACUUACGGGGCUCCUCCUCAUCAACAAAAUGCAUACAGUGGAGGCGGUGCUGGAGCUGGAGCCGGCGGAAUGCCUCCUCCAGGUCGCCGCAUGGAAGGAAUCGGAAAUCCCAUGUUUUCCGAUCCACGCCUAGAACCACAGUCCAACUCGGUAGAAUCUGUCAUUAAGGAUAUUGGAGAAUCCUUUGUAGGCAUGAUCAAGGAUCCACUGGCUCGCAAUGCCGAUGUUCGAACCUCCAAUUCGCACGGAGAAAUGCCUCGUCCUGGUGGAAUGCAGGGUUUUGGAUCGCACAAUGCUGGAACGUACGGACGCCCUCCUCCUGGUCGAAGUGAACUGGCUCAUGCCACCGGUGGACAAUGGACCAUGGCUUCCAACAGAGGACCCAAUGCAGUAGGAGGCGGGGGUUCCAGCAAUUCCAACGACGCAUACUACAAGUCACGGGAGCAAGGAAACAAUGCUUUUUCUUGGGCCAACAAAGACGCUCACGGCUCUCAAGGGGGAGUCGGUGGUUCUUGGGCAUCACCAGCUCCAUCACAGGCUUCUCGACCUUCCUACGCUGAUCAGCAUUCUACUACGCCCUCGAUUACGAUCAACUCGGCUCCAAGUGCUCCAAUCAACCGUGGCUCUGGUGGGACGGCUGUCAGUGAUGGGUCCUAUGAAAAGAACUUGGUCAUUGAGUUGUGCCCCCCUGGUGGAAUGAAACCGGUGCCACCUCCUGACAAGCUGCUCAACUUUGCCAAAGCAAUUCCCAACCUAAACCCUGACUUGAUCUGCCCCGUCUUGCUGGAUUGCUUGGAAGAUGGGCAUCCAUGGAUCAUGCGUGCCAAAGCUCUUUGUGUGAUGGAAACCUGCAUCCAGGCAGGCGCAAGACCUGACAAUACCAACCCAUACGCCAACUUCUUUUACACCUGUCGGGGAGAAGUCGAACCACUAGCAAAUCACGCCAGGGCAGCUGUCAAAGACCCCGCUCGGAGGGUCCUGGCAUUGUUGGGUGUGGAAUUGUCGGAACCUGCUGCUGCUGCGCCACCCCCGGCGGCAGCACCACCGGUUCCUCCGGCACCUGCUGCACCGGUCAAUUUGUUGGACUUUGAUGACACCCCUGCUGCAGCGGUACCAGCUCCCCCACCAUCGGCUCCUCCACCGCCUCCCAGUCAGCCAGCAGCAGCAACAGGCGGUGGAAAUAUGUUUGGUGGAAUGGAGCUGAAGAGUGCCCCCGCUGCUGCACCUGUGGCUCCACCGCCAGCACCGACCAGUGGAUUCUUACUGGAUGGAUUGACUGUGAACAACCCGCCAGCUCCAGCACCAGCAGCCCCUGCAAAGGCUCCUGAGGUCAUUGACAUGUUUGGUUCCUUAUCAGUCAAAGCAAACGAUGUUGAGGAAGAGAAAAAGAAGGGAUCAGAAGAUACAGAUGACCUUGCUGCUGUGGCAGCCUCUGGGUCUGCAUUUGGAUUCAUCAAUUCUGAUUCUUCGCAAGCACCUGCCGUUGCGGCUGCCCCGGCAGCUCAGCCAAACACUGUGGAAUCCUUUGAUCCUUUGAGUGCCUUUUCACCCAAUACACAACGACAAAUGAUGCAGCUGUCACCGGAGCAGAUGCAGGCCAUGGCUUACCAACAGAUGCUCAUGCAACAGCAAGCGAUGCAAAUGCAGCAGAUGCAAAUGGCCAUGGCAAUGCAGGGUGGUGGUGGCGGCAUGCCUCGAGUGGGUGGAGCUCCCAUGUCAAUGAUGCCGGGUGUAGGCCCUGGAGUGAUGGGACCUCAUGCAGGAAGGACAAGUUCUGGGUUCUCUUUCUUGGACAAUCCAGCAGCCAAGAAGGAAGAUAAGAUGUUUGAUUUUGUCCAGGAUGCCAUGAAGACGGAAAAGACACACAAGUAGAAUGAUAACUAACUGAUAGACAGAUGUGGAUGAACACAUGAUAGUUAGUUGCAAGAGUAUCUAGCUAGCUAAUGAACUUUGUGGAUAUACAAUUUGUUGCGCG